AUGUCAAUGCAGGACGAAAACAGAUUCCACGGUUUAUGGAACGAAUUCGGGCAAGUACAAUCAAAUAUCGAGGAACUCGUUACCGAGGAGGCAGCUGUUGCAUUAGAAAGUGACGAAAGAUCUAACUUUGAGGACAAAUACUAUGCGGUAGCGACAGCCUAUGAAAAUUUAAUUCAGCAAAAGGAAUUAGUGGCAAGUCAAGCCUUAGCGCAGGAAAAUCAGGUAAGAGAAGGUACUCCUAUGUCACAGACGACAAGUCUAGCUAAUGAUAGCUUGAAAUUAUCGCAAGUAAGUAUGCCCACUUUCUCUGGCAAAUUUGAUGAAUGGAUCUCAUUCCGUAAUAUGUUCCACAGCAUGAUUGAGCAAAACGCGACACUACCCGACGUGCAGAAGAUGCAAUACUUAUUAUCGUCUCUCAAGGGAGAAGCUUUCGACGUAAUUAGUUUUUUAGAAGCUUCAGCGGAGAACUAUAAGGAAGCCUGGCAAAUGCUAAAGAGCAGAUACGACGAUCCAGGGCUUAUCAUUGAAAACCACGUAAAGGCGUUGUUCGAUUUGCCAACCAUGAGCAAGGACAAUCAUUCUACGCUGCGAAAACUAUUGGAUACGAUAUUGAAACACAUCCGUGCAUUAACGGCUCUCAGAAGGCCUACGGAUUACUGGGAUGAUCUAUUGAUACAUAUGGUCACAAGCAAAUUAGACCAAUCGACAUACAGAGAAUGGGAGACUACUAUAGAGCGAGGUAAGAUUCCGGAUUUCGAACAGUUGAUUAAUUUCUUGAAUCAACAAUGCAGAGCUUUAGAGGCGACAUCGCGCUUAUCAAAAACUUCAGGUCCAUUGUCCAAGGAUAAAACGGCGCGCAGUAAGAGCACUACGGCUCACGUAGCUAUCACUAAGAAUGCAUGCGGGUUUUGCCGGAAGGAAAACCACGCCACUUACAAAUGUAAAGACUUUUUGGAUUUCAACAUCCAGCAGCAAAUUAAGGAAGCCAAGUCACACAAAUUGUGUCUAAAUUGCCUAAGAACCGCAUUGCAUAUAGCGAAGGAAUGUACCUCUGGAACAUGUCGAAAAUGUAGCAAACGUCAUAAUACAUUGUUACAUUUGGAACAAGCAACAAAGAAUCAAUCUGAUUCCAAUAGCAAGGAGGAGAUUGAUGAUUCAGAAAAUACAAAAACAGUAACUGCAAACAACGCAGCGGUUAAUCAUAAUGGAUCUCAGUCCUGUUUUAUCACGAAAGAUUGUUGCAAGGAGUUAGGACUUGAUUCACGAGAUACGAAUAUUCCGGUAUGCGGAAUCGGAAAACAAUCUAUACAAACAAGAAGCAUCGCGACAAUCGUCAUACAUUCGCGAACGACUAGUUACAGGAGGGAGCUAGAUUGUCUGGUCAUGAACAACAUCACACAGGAUAUUCCAACCAAUGGAAUAAGCAAAAAUGAGCUUCAAGUUCCAAAGGGUAUCGUACUAGCGGAUCCACAAUUCAAUCAACCGUCAAGAAUAGAUCUGUUAUUAGGAGCGGAGGUGUUCUUCGAUCUAUUGUGUAUUGGCAGGAUGAAACUAGCAGAUAAUCAGCCAACAUGGCAGAAGACGCGAUUAGGAUGGAUCGUUUCCGACGGAUUAGCAACGAUGCAAAAUCCAAAGGUCAUUACCUGUAGCCUAUCCGUCAAUGAGCAGCUAAAUAGCAAUCUUACGAAGUUUUGGCAGCAGGAAAGUUGUAACAGGAUGAACACAAGAACAUCAGAAGAGCGUGCAUGCGAAAACCACUUCGGCGAAACUUACAAGAGAGACUCGGACGGUAGAUUCAUCAUAACGUUAUCAAAACGGACGUUCUCAACAAUUUGGGUCACUCAAGAGACAUCGCGACACAACGACUGCACAGCUUGGAAAGAAGACUAA